AUGGCCCAACACCUGCAAUUCUCGCCGGCUCAUUAUCAGCAAGCUGUGCCUCAUCAGCCUGCAGUCUAUCAACAACCGGCUGCAGCCUCGCCACAGCCUGCAGGUUUCCAAAGGGGCCCGUCACCGGUGACGUUUCCGCCGGAUAAUAAUGGAGCAGCGGGCUUCGGAACCAUGCCCGGUUACAGAAAUGAAGGCGCUGCAGCGCCGGGAAUCCCCAUUCGGAAUCAAGGGCAAGUGCCAGUUAUAGUGAUGCAGCAGCAAGUUCCCACCGAAAAUUGGAAAACUGGCCUGUUUGAUUGCAUGGAUGAUCCAACCAACGCUGUAAUAACGGCUCUCUGCCCUUGCGUUACGUUCGGCCAGGUUGCGGAGAUUGUGGACAAUGGGAGCACUCCUUGUGCAACGAGUGGACUGCUCUACGGAGUGGUUGCGUUCUUCAUAGCAAUGCCUUGCAUUAUGUCAUGCACGUAUCGAGCAAAGCUGAGGAACAGAUUUGGGCUGGUUGAAAGCCCAGCACCCGACUGGGUCACUCAUUUUCUGUGCGAGACUUGUGCCAUUUGCCAAGAAUAUGGGGAGCUUAAAAAGAGAGGCCUUGACCCUUCUAUAGGAUGGCAAGGUAAUGUUGCAAGAAUGCAGCAGGCUGCCCAGCAACAACAAGUCAAUAUGAUGCCACCAAUUAAUCAGAGAAUGAUGGCUUGA